AUGUCGGAGAGCGCUUCCGAUGCCGCGUCGCCGUCGAGGCCCAGCCGUCCGUCCAUGCCAGGCGUGGCAGCGGUCAGUGCAAAGCAGGUCGUGAGGGGGCGCCGCCUGUUCCACGAAUUUCAGAGCGCUGUCAAUGCCACCUCUGAGAGGGUAGGCGCUGAGGGGGCAAAGAUGUGGGCGAGGAGUGGCGAGGCCUGGGCCUCCGUGGACUCUCGCCUCGGCCUGGGCGCCGCCGUGGCCGGCGCUGCUGCGGCGGCGGAGGAGCGGCUGCAGCUGCGGGAGAAGGCGAAUUGCGGAAAUGCGGCGGAAUUCGUACAGCUAUCCUCCAUAGCUGAACUUUGCACAAGCACGAAGAGCCAGCUUCAGAAGAGUCCUGGUGAUGUAGCAGCUGUAGCACGUUUGGAAUCGGCCCGAAGCCCCGACUCCAGCCAUGGUCAGCAGCACACCAUGCACUUGCAGCGCGGCUGCAGCCUCACCAUUGGAACUGGAGGCAACGGAGGCAAUGCUGGAACGUUGGUCCUUGGCCAGCAGUUCCUGAACAAGCUGAUCAUCGCCAGAGGCCGCCAAAAAGAGUGGAGAGAGGCUCUCGCCAUCUUGGCUGCGUUUCCUGAGGGCCUGCAGGCAGACCUUGUAAGCUACAAUGGAAGCAUCGCUGCCAGUUCCAAGGCGCAGCGCUGGGAGACUGGGCUCGGACUUUUUGCAGGUAUUUGCGAGGCUGGCCUCAGCCCAGAUGUCGUGGGCCUGAACGCGUGCAUCAGCUCCCUGGGCGCCGUGUGGCCCAGAGCUUUGCAGCUGCUUUCUGGUCUUGGGCUGGAUGUGACCCCCAAUACCAUCAGCCGGAGUGCAGCAAUCAAUGGCCUCAAGAAGGGCCAUCAGUGGCAGCGCUCGCUUCAGCUGCUUCGUGAUAUGCCAAGGGCAAGGCUUUCGGCCAACACCAUCGUGGCUAGCGUUGCCCUCAGCGCUUGCGGCGUGACCGCGCUGUGGGCGUGGGCUCAUUGGCUCUUUGGGGCCCUCGCCGUGCGAGCGGACGCCGUGACCUGCAGCACAAUGCUCAGUGCCUGCGAGAAGGCUGGUCGCUGGCAACUUGCUUUGGACCACCUCACUGCAACAUCCAGGAGCAAAAUCCGACUGGACGUGGUUGUCUACAACGCCUGCAUUAGCGCCUGCGAGAAGGUCGCAGCCUGGAUGGCGGCGCUGCGCCUUUUCUGCUCGCUGGAGGAAGCACAACUUCGACGCAGCAUCAUCACCUUCGGCGCAGUCAUCAGCGCCUGUGAGAAGGCCGGCCACUGGCAGCUGGCGCUGCACCUUCUUGGAUCCAUGUACGCAGAAAGUGUCCGGCCAGAUGUGGUGUGCAUCAACGCGUGCAUCAGUGCCUUCGAGAAAGGGGCGCGGUGGCAAAUGGCCCUAUAUCUACUCGCAUCAUCCUAUCAGGACGGCUUGGAACCAACUACCACCACCUACAAUGCCUGCAUUAGCGCCUGUGAGAAGGCCGGACAGUCACCACUUGCUCUACGUUUGUUGAGCUCGAUGCCGGAGGCAUGGAUUUCUCCGGACGUAAUCAGCUAUAACGCUGCAAUCAGUGCCUGCGAGAGUGGGGGGCAGUGGCAGCUGGCACUGCAGUUGCUCUCGAAGGUUGCAUCCAAAUUCAUUCCCAGUGUAAUCAGCUACAAUGCCUGCAUCAGCGCCUGCGAGAAGGGCUGGCAAUGGCAGAUGGCCUUGGCCCUUUUGGCCGCCAUGCUGCAGGAACAUAUCCUUCCCAACAUCAUCAGCUACAGUGCCGCUAUCAGCUCCAUGGAAAAAGUUGGCAACUGGCAACGGGCCUGCAAGCUGUUCGGCGACUUGCUUCAGGCAAGGCUUCGCCCCAACGUCAUCAGCUACAACGCCACUAUCAGCUCCUUGGCCGCAGGGAGCCAGUGGCAACUGGCACUGGGGCUCUUUGCCACCAUGGAUGAGGUUCCGACCACCAUCAGCUUUACCGCUGUGAUGGGCUCCUUGACAGCCACAUGGCAGUGGCAGCUGGCGCUGGCGCUCUUCGCCGCCAUGCCGAGGAGCAAGGUGGCCAGCGGCGGCUGGCAGUUCAACUGCUGGAGGGUGCAGAGAGUCGCGGCUGCGGAUCGUCGCUUCCACCUCUCUGCAAAGGCGCAGGAGUUGUCGCAAGAACUUCAGACCUUCAAAGGUAAGGCUGACAUGCAGCAGGGUGAACUUCUUUCGCGCCUGAACAAAGCGCUGGUCAAAGCUGCAACGAAGAUGGUCAGCACUCGAAACUUCGCUUUGGCGCUUGACCCUCGUGCGCUUUGCUACUACGAUGCAGCCGACUUCCCGGGGGUGCGCGGCCUGGUGGCGCUCACUGUGGAUGAUGCCCCGUGCCGACAGCGUGAUCCGCAGGCUGCAAUGUUGGUGGAGGUCAAGGACUUGCUGGAGGAGUUCGAAGCCAAAGCAACGUUUUUCCUCUGCACCGACGACGUCCCCGGCCACGAAGAAGGGCUGGCAGAGCUCGUCAGAGCCGGCAAUGAGGUGGCCAACCAUGGCUGUGAAGACAAGCCGUAUGGAGGUUACAGCGAGGCGCAGUUCCGACACGCUUUUCUUCGGGCGGAGAGCGUCUGUGAAGCCGUGCGAGCACUCAGCCAGGCGAACGCGAGAGCGGAGGUGGCCGAGGCUGAGCUGGAGGAGGCCGAAGCGCUUGAAGCUCCCGACGCUCACCUGCCGGAGAGGCAGCUGCAGGCGGAAGCCUCAGCGGCCGAGGGCUACGCAGGUACUUCAGUGCCACCGGCGCCGACGAGGGCUUCAGAGGUGGCAAAGCCCAGGUGGUUUCGUGCACCGCACGCGGACAUCAGCGCGGCCAUGCAGAAGGUCCUCACUGCCGAAGGCUUUACGCAUGUGCUGUGUGACAGCUUCGCGAACGAUACUCAGAUCAAUGACGCCGCUUUCAUCUCUGACUCCUUGCUCUCGAUGGUUGAUUCCACCGGAGGCUCCAUCGUGGUGAUACACAUGCCGGAGAGAGGUUUCCGCGAGCACAACUUUGAAGCGCUCCGGCUCCUGCUCUCGGGCUUGCAACAGCAAAACCUUCGUGUCGUCACGCUCUCCGAGAUGAGCAAAGCGGCAAGGCAGCCCCUGAGCACCGAGCACGGCAAGGGGAGCGAGGGCUGA